CGUUACUCCGCUGCUUUUUGUCAUAUGAAAGCUAACAAGCUAAACUAACAGUGACCAUGGAUGUGAGCCGGUUCACACGGGGACGGUGUAGCAGUGUCACCGGACAACUAUAACACCUGUCCACGGUGGCUUCCCUCUUCUCCUCACCAAUAUCUGUGUAAUUUCUACAUUUCCUGUGCAGUCAGCCGGUUAUCUUUGCGACUUUUGCCCCCUUUAUCCCGUUGAAGUUCAUGCUAGUGGGUUAGCCUGCUAGCUAAUUAGCUCGAAGCUUUGCAUUGUGAGGCUAACUAACUAACUAGAUUUAACGGACAUGAGAGAUGGCAUCUGUUCGGGUGGCUGUCCGGGUGAGACCCAUGAACAGGAGAGAAAAGGACUUGACCGCAAAAUGCAUUAUCAAGAUGGAAGGGAACAAAACCUCCAUCACCAACCUGAAGAUCCCCGAUGGUAACGCAGGUGAAGUGUUGAGGGAUCGAAUUAAAACCUUCACAUACGACUUCUCCUACGACUCCAUGGACUCCAAGAGCUCCCCAUUCGUCUCCCAGGAAAAG